CUUAGUGUAUGCUUUCUUCGUCGCCGUCCUCCUCCUCCUCCUCCUCCUCCUCCUCCUCAUCAUCAUCAUCAACAGCAGCAUCUUUAGCAACAGAAACGAGCUGCUUGCCCAACUGCGCGGUCUGCCAAAUCCAAUGCAGACUACGGAUGUCGCAGCCCUUGUGGAGUUGACUCUGGUUUACGCGCGCAAUACACCAAGCUCCUUUUUCAACAACUAUCUGCCUUUGGUGUUCGGCUCGCCACCGGAUCUUAACAACGAGGAUCGUCGUCUGCUCACCGAUGCGCUCAGUCUACUUAUCUCGGUUGAGGAAAUUCUUGACGCUCAGGCAAUGCGUUUUGCCUCCGAUGUGGAUGAACUAUCUUCCGCUGCUACCUCCUCAGGGGUCCGCUUCCUACUGGUUGACUGUCGACCUGCGGAUCAGUAUAACGCUGGACACCUGGCCACUGCUUUCUACCUUGAUACCGAGCUCAUGCUUUCCAAUCCGCCGGAAUUUACGACUAUUGUGAAGGCUCUUCUACAGUCUCAGCAGAGAGGUAUCGCUUCGGGUUCCAAAGCUGCUGGCGAACAUAUUGUUUUCAUGGGCAGCGGACGAGCAGCAGAGGACCGGAUCGCGAACAUGGUUGUCGCACACUUCCUCCGCUUGGGGACGCCCUACAUCAGCCUUCAGUUCUCUAAUGUACCUCUGGUUGCUGUAAAUCUGGAGCAUAGUAAUCCUGGCGAGGCUGUCGACUUUCAAGCUUGCAAACAGAUGCCUGAGGUGAAGAAGUACUUCGAGUGUCGUCUUCUGGAUGCCACCAGCCAGCUUUCGGACAAUGGUCUCAUCCUCCUCCUUGAACGCCAAUUUAUAGUGAUUCAGGAGAGGCGCCAGGUUCUGGCGGACACGAUCGCCACCCUCAACCACCUCAGAGUACCCGAACUUAUUACCUUUCACUUUUCUCGAACUGAUGACCUUCUGUCAGAUUCGCUGGGGUUCGUUCGGGUUUACAUACACAAAGCUGGCGACGCUGUCAAGGCCAUCAAAUUGGCCGUCUUCAACGUUGAAGGUGAAGGUGCCCUGUGA